AUGGAGAACAAUACUACUGAUGGUAAUAAUCAGAAGAUAAAGAUGAGUCUUGUGUUGUCAACAGAUGCUAAGCCUAGAUUGAAAUGGACUUCUGAGCUUCAUCACAGAUUCAUUGAAGCCGUUAAUCAACUCGGUGGACCAAACAAGGCAACACCUAAGGGUUUGAUGAAGGCUAUGGAGAUUCCUGGCCUUACUUUGUAUCAUCUCAAGAGCCAUUUACAAAAAUAUCGACUAGGAAAGAGCCUGAAGUUUGAUGAUAACAAGCUCGAAGCAGUUUCCUCUGCUUCAGAAACCCAAGAAGCUGAGAGUAAAAACAACUCUACAGAUAUCAGAGGCAGUAUCAACGUAGAAAAAAACAAUCCAGCUAACGACAGAGGCGUGCAGAUCACGGAAGCUUUACAAUUGCAGAUGGAAGUUCAGAAGAAACUUCAUGAACAAAUCGAAGUUCAGAGGCAUUUACAAGUGAAGAUUGAGGCACAAGGCAAGUAUUUACAGUCAGUUUUACUGAAAGCUCAACAAACUCUCGCUGGCUACACAUCUUCCACUCUUGGCAUGGACUUUGCGAGAACCGAACUCUCUAGACUAGCUUCAAUGGUGAAUCAGAGUUCUUCGUUCUCGGAGCUAACACAAGUGGAAGAAUGCGAAGAAGAAGGUUUCUUGUGGUGCAAGAAACCAGAAAACAGAGGAAUUACACAGCCUAGAGGUUCAGUUGAAAGCUCGUUGACAUCUUCGGAGAGCUCAGAGACAAAACUGAAUAACAAUAAAGACGAGAGGAUAUCGGUGGAGCUUCCGUUGAUGGAGAUCAAAUCAGAAGUGCUGACAGAGAAGAAUAAGAAGAGAAGCUUAAACGACAUCGUUUGCGUGGAACUUCAGCCUCCAAAGAAGAUAAAUUUUGAAGCUGAUGAUGAGGAGGAGCACCUGAGGUUGAGUUUGAAUAGUUACAAGAAAGACAUGGGGACGUGUCCGAACAUAAGACUAGGGUUUAAUUGAGAAAAAUGUAAACAUUUUAAUAUUAUAAAUGUUUUUAAAAAGUCCUAUGUAUCUGCGUAGAUUUCCAUUUAUAAUAUAAAGUAGAGAUUUUGUGAGCAAGUCGGGGUGAAGAAAGAACGCAUGGGAAUAUUCUAUAUGAGUCAACAUGAUUAAUAUAACUACUAUAUAGAAAAAUGCGUGAUAUGUGUGUAUAGAUUAGGUGAGGAGGCUUGUGGAUGUGGUAAAGGCGGAUUUGGGGGUAACUUUUUAUGAUCAA